CCAGGGACAGCUCUCUGUCUCUCUCUCUCUCUGUGCAGCAAGGAAUCGCCUUUCUGCUGAUUCCGACGUCUCUCUGCAACGCAUCGAAUUGGGUCGGAAGGCGAUGUUGAGGACGAGGUUGCUGUGGUUCGGAUUAGGGUUCGCAGCCACGGGCGCCGCGAUUUCCCAAUUGGUGUGGAGGGACCUCUGGGUCGAUCGCUACGCCCUGUCCGCGGAGAUGAAGGAGAAGUUCGAUGCAUUGGAAGCGAGGAUUUCGCACCUCGAGUCGGUCCCUUCGUCAGAGUCCAAACCUGCCCAGGUCGAAGGCUGAAUUUUCACAUUGCAGCUAUCGGAUGGCUUAAUGACUCGGCAAAGCUUCGCUCUUUUGCUUUCAAGUCUGAUUUUUUCUUUUCUUUUUAACAACCAGAGUAAUGUAAUCAUACUGAUGACCGCAACUUAAGCAAAUUAAUUGAUCAAAAGAAGGAUUUCUCCUUA